AUGUCUCCAGAUCUUUUUCCUGGCUACACCUCUCAGCAUGUCACCACGUCAGGUGGCAUACGGAUCUUCGUGCGUACUAGUCCCGUCACGUCUCCAGAGCAAAGUCAACGGCCUCUUCUCCUUCUGCACGGUUGGCCACAAACCCACUCCUUAUAUCACAAGCUGGCCCCUUUGUUACAAACGCGCUUCCGGCUGGUUCUGAUGGAUCUGCGUGGGUAUGGCGCCUCGUCCGCGGAUCUUGAAAGUCACAAUGGCUCUGGCUAUAGUAAACGUAUUAUGGCCCAGGACUGCAUCUCGGUCAUGGAACAGCUCGGCUUCUCUGGACCUAAUCUCAAAUUUGACCUGGUUGGGCACGACCGUGGGGGACGUGUAGCGUACCGUCUGGCUCUGGAUGCACCCGACAAGAUCAAUAAGCUUGUGAUUCUUGAUAUCACUCCAACCAGCGCCAUGUGGAAGUCGUUCGGAACGUCUAACGCCGGGGUCAGAGCGUAUCAUUGGACGUUUUUGGCACAGAAAGAACCUUUCCCAGAAGCACUAAUCGGUAGUGCAGAUGGUGGGCAGACCUUCCUCGAUGCCACGCUGUCGACAUGGACUGCCAGUAAUUCCCUGUCAGCGUUUCAUCCCCUGGCGAUCCAGGACUACAGGGAGGCAUAUUGCCGCCCAGAAACUAUUCAUGCCACUUGCGAAGAUUAUCGUGCAGGAGCAUUCAUAGAUAAUUUACACGACGAAGAGGAUCUCGCCCGUGGUCACAAAAUUACUGUACCUGUUCUUGUCCUUUGGGGUAAUACUGCACUCUACAAUGAGGCCGAAACCGAGCGAAAUGAUGGUCCUAUACAGGUGUGGAGAAAUUAUGCCGUAAACGUUCGGGGAAAACCGUUGAAUAGUGGACAUUUUUUGCCCGAGGAGAAUCCUGAGGACACGGCCAAAGAGAUGCUGGACUUCCUGUGA